UACUAUAUAGGGUGUGUUCGGACAUCAACCGAGUGUAUGUAUGUAUGCAUAUAUGUAUAUGUAGGCACAAUGGGUAAAACACAUACCACUACUAAAGCCCCUCGGAAGCAGGGCUUUAAGCGCUCGGGACACGGUAUGAAUCCUGAGCGUCCUACGGAGGGACUGAAGGGAGUCGCCAAGGUGCGGACGAAAGCGACGAUCAAAAGGUUGCAGAUGUACCGCAACCAGAGGCCGAAACGCGAUCGUACCGGGAAGAUUAUUAGCCCCGCGCCGUUUCAAGGCUGGAACACUUCUGGGACCAUGUCGCGCGUGGAGCCGUCGCAAAGAUGGUUCGGUAACUCAAGAGUCAUCUCGCAGAACGCUCUGCAAAAGUUCCAGAAUGAAUUGGGAACCGCGAUGAAGGAUCCCUACAAGGUCGUCAUGAAACCCACUCAGCUGCCCGUCACUUUACUUCAGCAGAAGGCGGCGAACGCAAGAGUACACCUGAUGUUGGAUACCGAGAGCUUCGAGAGCGUUUUUGGCCCGAAGAAGGUCAGGAAGCGGCUGAAUUUGUCAGCGACGUCGUAUGACGAUUUGAAGAAGUCGGCUGAGAACAAGGAGGACGAUUACAACAAGGAGAAAGACACCAAGGACCUCGACCUCGUUCGCGAGGACACUGGUGUGAGGGACGCGCAGAGAGACUGGGUCAUGGCGGCGGGACAGAGCAGGAGGAUCUGGAACGAGCUGUACAAGGUCAUUGACUCCUCCGACGUCAUUUUACAGAUACUGGACGUAAGGGACCCGCUUGGGACCAGGUCUCCGCCCAUGGAGAAGUACUUGAAAACCGAGAAGCCAUACAAGCACCUGAUGUUCAUCCUGAACAAGGUGGAUCUGGUGCCGACGUGGGUCACGCAACGGUGGGUGGCGAUUCUGAGCAAGGAGUACCCGACGGUCGCCUUCCACGCCUCCCUCACGCAUCCCUUCGGCAAGGGCUCCCUGAUUAAUCUGCUGAGGCAGUUCGCGAAAUUGCACGUCGACAAGAAGCAGAUCAGCGUCGGCUUCAUAGGGUAUCCCAACACGGGAAAGAGCUCCAUCAUAAACACCCUGCGCUCCAAGAAGGUCUGCAAGGUGGCGCCUAUUGCCGGGGAGACGAAAGUCUGGCAGUACAUAACUCUCAUGCGCCGCAUCUACUUGAUAGAUUGCCCGGGGGUGGUUUAUCCGUCGUCGGAGACCGACACGUAGAAGGUGUUGAAGGGCGUCGUGCGAGUGGAGCUCGUGCAGAGCCCGGAAGAUUACGUCGCCUCGGUCCUGGAGAGAGUGAAGCCCGAGUACAUUCCCAAGACUUACAAGAUAAACGUGUGGAUAGAUCACGUCGAUUUCUUGGAAAAGCUGGCGCGCCGGAGCGGCAAGCUUCUGAAGAAGGGAGAGCCCGACGUGGCGAUCGCCGCGCGUAUGGUGCUCAACGAUUGGCAACGCGGCAAACUGCCCUUUUACGUGACACCUGUGGGCUACGAGGAGCCGCUGUCGAGUCAAAUGGAUGCUACGAAUCUGAGGCAGAGCGCGUUUGAUGUCGUAGAUGAAUACGAUUCCAGCGAUGCCGAAAUGUUUGCUUCUAAAACUGUCUCGAGUGGCGAUGUACAAAGUGUCUUGUCGACGUCGCGCCAACAAAUAAAGGACAAAUUGACGAGCAAACAGCGAAGAGCGAUAGAACGUGCCAGCAAAAGGAAAAAGAUCGGAAGCAAUUUCUACGAAGUCACGAAUGUAAAGAACAGAAAUAAAAACAGGAAAGUCCCAAGAGUCAAGAGGAAAUAAGUGCUAGAAUAAAUUACAUCUACUUUACCCAGAUAUUUGUACAACACCAGGAAAACGAAGCGUAAAAUAUAUAUAUACGUAUAUUUUAUAUUUAUCACAUUGCAAAUUGUACGUUCAUUUCCUCCGCAACUGGCCUGUCCUUCUGUCGUUUUACAAUACGUAGAAGAUAAAGUAAAACAAUAUACAACGUACUUAUAUAUGUAUAUGUAAUCAAUUGCGCCGCAAUAUCGCGAGCGUGACAAUGAAUUUAUGACCAUUCCAGGA